AUGAUUGGGCUAAUUCGAAAAGGUCGUCGUCGCCUACUGGCUUUCUAUAACGUGUGUGCUGCUACCUCCUCUGGUUAUACUUCGCACAUCUACAUUUUGCCCACAUUCUACACAGCACAGUCACCCAGUUCAGUUUUAGUCCCAUUCUCACCCGAUAGAAAAAUGGAUUUCCUUCACAGUGUCACUAAUCCCGUUCUCGGUGCAGGAAAUCUUCUAUUCUUCCCAGCUCCAAUCGUAAACACAUUAGACCCUACUACUACUACGACACAAUCCCUCCUACAGUCCGCAAAUCCCACUACUAUCGGGAAAGUGGGUAGCGCUGAAAUGUCCGCCCAGUCCACUAGCACACCUGCGAGCGCUACACCCUCAACAACGACUCCCGUGACGACAAUAGAUACGACACUGGUGGCGAAGCCGACGACAGCAGUUCAAGAUUCAGAUGUUGGUACACAACACAAUGCGGCCACUUCUCUUCUCCAGUCUAUGCGUAUUCAUGGUCUUCUAGCACAUGGGGCUUCCAAGAAUUCAGAAUUCGCCUCAGGGUGUGAAGCACCGGCAGAAAAGUCGAUCAAAUUAGAGGAUACCACAGAGGCUGGUCAUCCAAUAGAUUCGAACUCUGAAAGAAUUGACAGUCAACCAACCACAGAUGAGGUCAGAAAUCCAGCUUCAGUCUCAGCCACAGCCCCACCCUCAAAUCCAUCCGUAACAUCAACAAUUUCUGGAAAUACUUUAGUAUCCUCAAAUUCGCUUACGCCAAUUGCAUCUACUGGUCCCAAACGUCUUCAUGUUUCCAAUAUUCCUUUCCGUUAUCGUGAAGCCGACUUACGACAGCUUCUUGGUUCCUUUGGAACUAUUCUCGAUGUGGAGAUUAUUUUCAACGAACGUGGAUCUAAGGGAUUCGGAUUUGUGACCUUCGCAACACCUGAAGAGGCCGACAAAGCUAGAGAAAGUCUCAAUGGAACGAUUGUUGAGGGCAGGAAAAUUGAGAUCAACAAUGCCACUGCCCGUGUGAUGACCAAAAAGAAGUCGGAAGCUCCCACGCUAAUGAAAACAGCCACCACUUUAAGAGGCAUUCGAAAUGCUCUCCCACCAACAGUAACCAAUGCAGCAGCCUUAGCAGCCGCAAUUCGGGGUUGUUCAACACUGGGCGGUUUGGGAACAACUGGACUGGUUGCUGCAGGUAACAACGUCUCCGCGGCAAUGUCACAAGGCACGAACCAGGCUCUUUUAGCAGCCGCCACGGCAACAUAUAACCCAUCUGCUCUCUAUCUGGCGUCAGCUGAUCCAACUGCGGCCCUCUUGGCCCAAUACGCUGCUGCCAUUAAUGCUGCGGCAGCAGCCGGAACUAUGCCAAUGGCAAUGCAAGCUCCGUCCCAAUCUGCGGCUCACUUUCUUGCCGCUAGUUUUCCAUGGUAUGGUGCGACCUCGGACUUAGAAUUACAGCAACGUAUUCAACAGCAGCAGCAAGUUCAAGCCCAACAACAAGCACAGGCAGCUCAGCAAUCAGCUGCUGCAUUGGCGGCUGCAAAUCUAGCAGCAGUUGGUCUUGGCGGUGCUCAAGGUGCCUCCGGGAAUCCCGGCGCAGUGACCCCGACUGCGAACCCCUUCGCCGCGGCAAUGCUUCGGGCUUUUGGGGGCAAUAGUGCAGCUGGUGCAACGAUUCCACAGGCUACCUCAACUCAACAACAGCAACAAUCUGCAGUUGCCAGUGCUAACGCGGCGGGUGCUACAGCUUCUUCGCCAAUAACUAGCGUUGCUGGAUCGAAUUCUACUGCGGCCGCCGUAGGAACUUCCAACAAUCAGGCUGCUAUGGCAGCUCUCGCCGCUGCUGCGAACCAACAGUAUGUUUGA